UCUUUCCCUUUACAAAAUGUGGCCGUCCAGCUGAUUCUAAUUUAACUGUGUACAUGAGUUCCUCAAAAUAGUUAUGGGAAAAUUUUAAUUGUUACGAAAAGAUGGAAGUAAAUCGUUCAAUUUUAUUAAAUUCAAUAAAUGAGAUUGUUAAUGAGUUGGUGGACACGUCCUCCUCUUCGUCCGAUAAUGAAAUCGAAUCGUUAGUUUUUAGAACGAAUGUACGUCCCAGAGUAAAAGGAUUUGUUGAAAAUGUGAAUUCCUUCUCUGCGCAAGAGUUUAAGAAAAAUUUCCAUAUCAAUCGUAAUGUUUCCGAUUAUCUCACGGCAAAAUAUGCCUCAAGUUCGUGGUACACUACUAGGAGUUACAAGGGAGGAAGGCAGCAAACGCCAGUAGAAACUCAGAUGCUGGCAUUCUUAUGGUUUGCCGCCAAUAAAACUACAAUCAGAGAAGUUGGAAACCUUUUUAAUAUGUCUUUGUCGAACUUCUAUAAAACGUUCAAUAAUGUCAUGAACUUUUUCGUUAAAGAUGUGGCGCCAGGAGUAAUAAGGUUCCCAAAAGACACUCAAGAGAAAGACGUUAUUGCAAAGGAAUUUGAAAAUAUAGCUGGGUUUCCAAAUGUUUUGGGCUGCAUAGACGACAGUUUUAUCACAAGUGAAAAACUAAAACAUAAAACGCGCUCCAGUAAUGAUAACAUGCACGAUUGCGUGUCCAUAACUUUACAAGGUAUUUGCGAUGCGAAGCUACGUUUCUUGGAUAUUUUUACUGGAGUGCCAAACAAGACAAAUGACGCAAGAGUGCUAAAACUGUCCUCAAUCGGAAAAGAAUUGCCAAAACUAUGCGCGCCUAGAUACUAUUUACUAGGUAAUGUCGCAUAUCCCCUAAGAGAGUACUUGCUAACACCAUUCCGAGAUAAUGGAAAUUUAAGUGAAGCGGAAAGUUUGUAUAACACGAAGUUUGUCAAAACUAGAGUGAAAAUCGAAAAUGCCUUUGGAAUGUUGAAAUCACGCUUCCUUCAGCUAAUGCGACUAGAUUUUCAGAACGCUGAGUCGAUGUCAAAAUUUGUUACAUCGUGCUGCGCUCUUCAUAAUAUUUGUAUUGAAAUGGAUGACUUCUUUGAGUUCAGCACCACAAAUGAUGAGGCUGGAAAUAUUUCCGCCGAAAAAGAAGAUACUAGAGAAUAUUUGCCAACACAGUUAGGUCAAAUAAAACGAAAUGAAAUUAAAAACCACUUCUACUCUUCCAGACUAUAGAACAUCAAUUGAUUACUUUCUGAAAUUAAUUUCUUAGUUUCAAAUAGGUCACACAUGAAACUCAUAAAUUUCACAAGUUUUGUUUAAAAAAUAAGUGUGCGUUUAUUUUAUCAGACUUGGAUUAUUAAAUCCCUGAAUGAAAGAGAUAAACGUAACCAAAUAAUACGUUUUAGAAAAAAACAGCUGAAAAUCUCUCUCCUAUCUCUUCGAUAUCCUGUAUUUGUCACUAGCUGCAAUCUCAGAUUCUCAACAUCGGGCUUU